AUGGACAUUACGACCGACAAGAAUGGUGUUUCUAAUGUGGAACACAGCUCAGUUGUUGCAGCCCUACCCCCUGAUACCGGAACAAUUGUUGCCAAUGAUUCCACCUUCAGGCACUUAUCCACGUCAGUCCCCAACUUGGCCGAGGUUACUCGCAACGCGAAAUCCGCAACAAAUCUACAGCACAGCCAGGGCGUUCUCGAAUCAAUUAAACGCUAUCCCAAGGCUGUCAUGUUCUCCAUGGCUCUCUCGCUUUGCCUUGUCAUGGAAGGCUACGACCUGGCUCUCCUCCAAAACUUCUACGGCCUACCUCAAUUCAAUAGAAAGUUUGGCGUUCGCGUUGGCGAUACCGACGACUAUCAAUUGACUUCGUCAUGGCAGUCUGGUUUGCAGAACGGUGCGCAGGUUGGCCAGAUUGCAGGUCUCGCAAUAGCAGGCGCGAUCGCAGAUCAUGUGGGAUACAAAAAGACUCUGCUGGGCGCACAGUUUUUGAUGAUCUGCUUCAUUUUUCUGUUCUUUUUCGCCCAGAAUGUUGGUAUGCUUUUCGCCGCCGAGUUUUUGUGCGGUCUUCCGUGGGGUGCUUUCCAAACACUAACGACUACCUACGCGGCCGACGUCACUCCAAUUGCUUUGCGACCCAUCUUAACCACAUUUGUGAACAUGUGCUGGGUUAUCGGCCAGCUCUUGAGCACCGCUAUUCUUCGCGGUCUUCUCAAGCGAGAAGAUGACUGGGCCUGGCGGAUUCCCUUCGCUAUCCAGUGGGUCUGGCCAGCUCCCAUCAUCAUCUGCAUUUUAUUUGCUCCCGAGUCACCCUAUUGGCUUGCUCGCCACGACCGCAUCGACAAAGCCAGAAAUUCUUUGCGCCGUCUCACCAGCAAGAGGGUUAAUGAAGAGGAGCUGGAGAUGAGCCUUGCGAUGAUUGCUCACACUAACGAGCUUGAGAAAUCUGCUGGCGCAGGAACUACCUACUUCGAUUGCUUUAAAGGCACCAACCUCCGACGUACAGAGAUUGCCUGCGUCACCUGGAUUGCUCAGGUAGGGUGUGGCCUUUGGUUUGGCCUCAGCGUCGUGUACUUCCUCCAGCGCGCUGGCUUUGAUCCAGAGCAAUCAUUCGAUUUCGGUAUCGGUCUUUCCGGUGUUGCCCUUUUCGGUACCCUUUGCGCGUGGUUUAUCAUGUCUAAAGUCGGGCGGCGCACGCUCUACCUAACAGGUCUCGGUACUAUGUUCACACUCUUACUCAUCAUCGGCUUCUUGGGAAUCCCCGAAAUCAAACCAGCUUACGGCUACGCCUCCGGCGCAUUGUUGAUGGUAUUCAUGUUCACCUACGACCUGACAGUCGGCCCGGUGUGCUACAGUUUAGUGGCUGAGAUCCCAUCGACCCGUUUGCGCAUCAAGACCGCCGUUUUGGCUCGUAAUUGCUACAAUGUUGCCGCACUUUGCGCCAAUUUCCUCAACCCUCCUAUUCUCAACCCCACAGCAUGGAACUUGCGUGGAAAGGGUGGCUUCGUCUGGUGCGGUUUCUGUUUUUUGGUCUUGGUCUGGUCGUUCUUCCGUCUUCCAGAGCCAAAGGGUCGUUCGCCAGCUGAACUCGACGUGUUGUUCGAGCACAACAUAUCGGCGCGCAAGUUCAAGAACUUCAGCCCCGACCCUUUCCGAUCCGACCAUCUGAAAGUCACUUCAGACGAUGUCCAGAGUGAGAAUAUCCAUGACAAGAUGGGUUGA